AUGUGGAAUCUAUUUUUCUUGGCACCAGAUUACCAGUACCAGACUGCAGCACAAGUGAUAGAUCAGCGCACAGCUGUGGCUCUCGCCCGCAUACCUAACGUGGACCUGCGCUUCUUUCUCCCUCCUCCUCCACUGCCGCACACUGAAGAUGAUAUAUCAAUAGAAGAUGGGCUUAGGCAGUUACUGGCAUCUCUGCCCCAGUCGGAGGUGGAUCAGUGUGUGCAGUACUUCACCUCUCUGGCACUAAGAGAGAGCAGCCAAUCACUAGCCUCUCAACGGGGAGGGCUUUGGUGUUUUGGAGGAAAUGGGUUGCCCUAUGCCCAAAGUCUGACUUCCACCCCCUCUCAGAAGGUGGAGACGUUCUGCCUGCAGGCCCUGGUGCAGCACUCAAAGGUCCACAGUCAUUGUGAUCACAUUGUUGCUAAUGGAGGACUGCAGCUCUUGCAAAGAGUCUACCAGCUUCGCAGAGACUCUCCAAAAAUUCAGCGCAACAUUGUGCGAAUUAUUGGAAAUCUCGCCCUGAAUGAGAGCUUGCACACAGCCAUAGUACAGUCAGGUUGGGUGUCUGUCCUGGCUGAGAUGAUCCAGUCACCAUACAUCAUGCAGGCAUCUCAUGCUGCCCGUGCUUUAGCCAAUUUGGACAGAGAAGCUGUACGACAGAAGUACCAGGAUGGUGUUUACAUAUUGCACCCACAAUGCCGCACAAACCAGCCAAUCAAAGCUGAUGUUCUCUUCGUGCACGGCCUCUUGGGAGCAGCUUUUAAAACAUGGCGUCAAAAGGAUCUUGACAUGACGGAUGAUGACAAGGUGGAAGGGGUUCCAGAGGACUACACUGAAUGCUGGCCCAAGUCGUGGUUGGCUGCAGACUGUCCAAACCUCAGAAUCCUGUCGGUUGAGUAUGACACCCAUUUAAGUGAUUGGAAGGCAAAAUGUCCUGCUGAAAACCAAAGGAAGUCCUUGGCCUACAGGAGUCAGGAACUGCUGAGGAAAUUGAAGGAUGCAGGUGUAGGGGAAAGGCCUGUGGUCUGGGUAGCCCACAGUAUGGGAGGUUUGCUUGUGAAAAAGAUGCUCUUAGAUGCCUCUAAAGAUCCUGAUCUCAGUCCGCUGAUCAAGAACACGAAGGGAAUUCUGUUCUACAGCGUUCCUCAUCACGGCACGUUUAUGGCAGGGUAUUCUGUAAAUGUCCGAUAUCUCCUUUUUCCCUCCAUUGAAGUAAAAGAACUAUGUAGAGACUCUCCAGCGUUACGGGACUUGAAUGAAAAUUUCCUGAACAUUACAAAGGAACAAGAGUUCAAGGUCCUUAGCUUUGCAGAAACUCUGCCAACCUCCAUUGGACCGAUGCUCAAAAUAUUGGUAGUUCCAUCUCAGUCAGCAGAUCUGUGUAUUGGGGACCUCAUCCAGGUGGACGUUGAUCACCUCAACAUCUGCAAGCCAGAAAAAAAGGACUCAUUUCUCUAUAAACGUACUUUACAGUUUAUUCAAGAUGCUCUUAGAGGACAGAGAAUUUAGUGAACCCUAAAGUUCACACUCCAAAACCGGUCUCUUGCCAUUUCAUUGCCUCUUGAGGAUUCAACCAUUACAUUCUAAAGGAUAGUGUUAACUAUGAAUGAAAGAAAGUUCUAAAAUUGCAUCUGGAUUUUUCUUUUCAUGUUUUUUAAUUCUUGACAAUAUGAAUAUGCUUUUUGUUUAAACCUCUGAGUUUAACUUUUAAUGCCCAGUAUCAAGUUUAUUAUAUUUAAAAUGUCAAUCAUUUAUAGAAAGUUGGUUUUAUUUACAUAAUUUAUUUUUCUUUGAAGAAACUGAAAACUAGCCUUUUUUCUUAACUCACCAGCCUUCUUUGUAUCCCUACCUCAGACACACAGAUUGGUACUGAUGUCGGCUGUAAUUUGCCACUAUUUUUGUACUAAUGGAUUAAUUGUAGUACUUGCAUAGGGCCAUUCUACUUUUAUAUUAAUGCUGAGUAUGUACAAGACACAAUUAUUGCCAAAUCUUUAUCACACUUAAUAAA